GUGGUGGUAAUAUCAAUGCUGGCAACUGGUUUUCAUUUUUUUUUUGCAAACUUUCUGUAAAAAAUGUGCCACACAUGGAUAAAAUUAGAGAUUAAGAUAAAUUAUAUAAUGUUCUAAAAAACAGUCGAAUUUAACAGCAGGAAAAACUACAUUUCCUAUGUCCCUUUCUCAGCGGAAGCCCUAAACCAGGAUAACGGCAGUGGAGCUGUGUAGUCAUUUCUCGAGACUGUAUCAUGGCAACGGACGCGCAGCUGAACUACAGUACCCACAAGGCACUGCUGCUCCAGCCUACAGUACAUUCUGCUGCUUAUCCGGGGAUGUCACACCGCUGCUAUUUUCUCCCCUCAGUCCCUCUCACUCUCAGCCUACAGCUCCAGCGGACUGACACGGGGCUUUGGAUAGAAAAAAAAAACGAACAAUAAGAUACAAAACAGAGGCCAAAAAUGGCAGAGCUUGGAGCGGGAAGCCUGCCGUUAGGGGAUCCUGCUUUUAAUUACCAGGAGCACGAGCUGAACGAGCGGCUGAAGCGGCUCUACCCGGCUGUGAACGAGGAAGAGACCCCUUUACCCCGAUCCUGGAGCCCCAAGGAUAAAUACAGCUACAUUGGGCUGUCACAGAACAACCUGCGGGUCCAUUACAAAGGUCAUGGUAAGAACCACAAGGAUGCAGCAUCAGUGCGAGCAACACACCCAAUCCCUGCUGCCUGUGGGAUCUACUACUUUGAGGUCAAGAUUGUCAGCAAAGGUCGAGACGGGUACAUGGGCAUCGGCCUGUCUGCCCAGGGAGUCAACAUGAACAGACUGCCUGGAUGGGACAAGCACUCAUACGGUUACCAUGGAGACGACGGCCACUCCUUCUGCUCCUCUGGGACCGGCCAACCAUACGGCCCAACAUUCACCACGGGGGAUGUGAUUGGCUGCUGCGUUAACCUCAUCAACAACACUUGCUUUUACACCAAAAAUGGCAUUAGUUUAGGUGUAGCCUUCACAGACCUCCCUCCCAACCUGUACCCCACUGUGGGGCUUCAAACUCCGGGUGAGAUCGUAGACGCUAACUUUGGCCAGCAGCCGUUUGUCUUCGACAUCGAGGACUACAUGAGCGAAUGGAGGGCCAAGAUCCAUGGCAUGAUCGCUCGCUUCCCCAUAGGAGAGAGGCUGGGGGAGUGGCAGGCUGUCCUGCAGAAUAUGGUGGCCAGCUACCUGGUGCAUCAUGGGUACUGUGCCACAGCAACAGCCUUUGCCAGAGCCACAGAGACAAUGAUACAAGAGGACCAGACAUCUAUAAAGAACAGACAGAGAAUACAGAAGCUGGUGCUGGCAGGACGGGUGGGCGAAGCCAUAGAGGCAACUCAGCAGCUUUAUCCCGGCCUGUUAGAACACAAUCCCAACCUACUAUUCAUGUUGAAGUGUCGUCAGUUCGUGGAGAUGGUGAACGGUACAGACAGCGAGGUUCGCUGCUUGACCAUUCGCUCCCCCAAGUCCCAGGACAGUUACCCCGGCUCCCCCAGCCUCAGCCCCCGCCACGGAGCCGGCAACACACACCUGCACUCCGGAGGAGCAGACAGCCCCACCUGCAGUAACGGAGUGACUCCUCCCAGCAAGACAAAGAGCUACAGCGGCACUGGCAGCAGCAGCAUCAAAUACCCCAGCGUGUCCUCCUCCGCCUCCUCCUCCACCUCCUCCUCCCCUUCCUCCGUCAACUACUCCGAGUCCAACUCCUCCGACUCCACUAAGAGCCAGCCACACAGCGCCAACAGCACCCAGGAAACCAGUGACAGUGAGAUGGAGAUCGAAGCAGAGCACUAUACCAACGGGGUUGUUGAGGGCUCCUCAGCACGGAUCAUGAAUGGCACAUACAAACACGAAGAGAUCCUGCAGCCAGACGACAACAGCAUCGGCAAUGGGGUCACAGCAGAUGAGGGUUGUAGUAAUGGUAGACAGCUUUGUGGAGGGAACCAGGCGGCCACAGAGAGGAUGAUCCAGUUUGGACGGGAACUGCAGGCGCUCAAUGAACAGCUGUGCCGCGAGUAUGGCAAGAACGCCACACACAAGAAGAUGUUACAGGAUGCAUUCAGCCUGCUAGCGUACUCAGACCCCUGGAGCUGCCCCGUGGGCCAGCAGUUAGACCCUACGCAGAGAGAAGCACUCUGCUCCGCACUCAACAGCGCCAUACUGGAGUCCCAAAAUCUGCCUAAGCAGCCUCCGCUGAUGUUAGCGCUCGGCCAGGCCACCGAGUGUGUUCAGCUCAUGGCCCGAGUCCGGUCUGGUUCCUGCUCCUUCGCCAGAGUAGACAACUUUUUGCACUAGCCCAGGUCCAGGUUAAUGUUAAGUAGCACUGAGAGAAGGCAUGUCCAGCAGGUAGUUGUCAUGGCGACGGAGGAAAGAGCAUGCGUGUGAUUGGUGUGUUUGGCUGUCCGUCAGACCGAGCCAGCGGCACAGACAGAGGAGCAGAGGAGAGCGGGAGAGAAGAAGGCUUCCUUUUAAUUUAGUAUUAUCAAAUAAAGAAAUGUGUGACACUAUUUAAAGAUAAUUAAUUA